AGGUGUCCAUCAUCAUCUUCUUUUCUGGGCUAAAGUUAAAUCCACAGAUUUAAGGAUAUUGGUGCUAAAAUGCGCCGUUCUACUUUCGAUGCUUUGGGCAUGAUGAUGAUGCCAUUGUCCAUCGAGGUAACCAAUUUAAUUGGGUUUCUUGAUGUUGGUUUCUUUGGAGGUUUACAACCGCACAAGACCAAGCACUAGCAGUGGACGACUCCACUCGAGUGGUCUAGUAUUCUUACAUCUUGACACGUUUCUUACCCUUCUGCGGUGCCUUUUCCUGCUAGGCUUUUUCCUUUUCCUCAUCAGUGUUUUGGCGUUAUCCAACCCUACUGUGUUUCUGUUCUCUUUGCUUUCCACAAGAACUAACAAAAAAGGCAUUUUCAGGGCUUGCAGUGAUCAUUUUCUCUGUUUCACCGUGUCAGAAUCUCUGUUCCUGUAGUUUUUACUCUCUUCUCUUUACAUAGAGAUUUCUAUUAGCCCAUUUGGAAUUUUCCUUUCUUUCUUCUUCCCUUUACACAUCACUGUUAUCUCUUCCCUUUUGUUUUUCCUGGGUUUUCUUCAUUUAUGGCUUCUUUUUACACUUCUAGAUUAGAACUUUGAGUUUGUAAGCUAAUGCUGAAAUUGGGUAGCUGGAAAAGAAAAAUUCUUCUUCAUUGUCUUCGUUAAAGUCUUUUUAGUACUCAGUAAUGUGGAUGUAUGCCAUGGAGGAAGAAGAGGGGUGAGUUUUACCUAAUGGAUUUUUCUGGGUUUUCUUCAUCGACUCUGCAGGUCCAGGUCCAGGUCCCAUCGACCUGCAUUUGAGGUUUCUUUUGUUUUCCUCUUGAUUUGCUUAUGAGCCAACCUAGAGAGCAAAAGCUAAAUAACCUUAGCAACUGUGUCUUUUCCUGAAACUGGAAAUUUCAAAUAGUCUUGUCCACUCUCCUUCAAAGUCUUCAGAUGCUCACUAAUGGUGCCUGUGUACAUAAAACUCAACCCACAUUUGGGAUUCCUCUUUUCUCAAUGAUUUACUUAUGAGUUAAGCUAGAGAGCAGAAACUCUUAUCUAUCUCUAUCUCUGUCUUUUUCUGCAUCUGAAGAGAUGGGUUGUGUUGCGUCGAAGAUUGAUAAGGAAGAGAGAGUGCAGAGAUGCAAGGAGAGAAAGAGGCUGAUGAAGCAAUUAAUCGGGUCUCGUGAACAAUUUGCUGCUGCCCAGUUGGCUUAUUUGCAAUCUUUGAAGAACACAGGCGUCACACUUCGGCAAUUCACUGAGCCAGAGACGUUGGAACUCGAAGAUGAUCCAUUUGGCUUUGCGUUGCCUCGAUCCCCUCCUCCUCCUUUGCCUCCUUCACCUCCACCUCCUCCUUCAUUUAGCCCUGAUUUAAGGAAGGUUGCAAAGGUGGAGGAAGAAGCUGUUCAAGAGGAAAGCAUUGAGAUUGACGAUGAGAGCAGCUGUACAACUCCGCGGCCACCUCCUCUUCCGAGCCCUUCUUGGGAUUUCUGGGACCCUUUUGACCCCUCUUCAUCUUCUCCACUUCAGCAGAAGAGUGAAGUGGUUCGGCAGGAAGGGGAGGAAGAGUGGGCGGAGACUAAAACAGAAUUUGAUGAGGAAGAGGAAGUAAAGGAAGUAGUUGCAGCAGAUAAUGUUCUGAAUUUGCUUCCAGAGAAGCCUCCAGUGGCAGAAUUAAUUGAUGAUUGUUCAUCGAUGCUGAGCUGGUGUACGAAGGACACUGUAGAUAUGGCCGUGGUGGUCGGUAGGAGCAAGAAGACAUUGGCGGGUAUUGUGAGGGAGUUGGAUGAUUAUUUCCUGAAAGCUUCUGAUGGUGGGAAGGAAAUAGCUGUUCUUCUGGACAUCAACAUUGGAGACUCUUUCUACCAGAAUAUAGGAGAAAGCAAUAGGAAGAGGUGCAAGUCUGCGAAGGUCUUUAGCUCAUUGUCUAAGAGUUGGUCUUCCAGAUCAUUUCAGUCCAGCAGGGACUCUAGAGAAUUUCAAGGCCCAAGUGAACCUUGCAACCUUGGCGCCCUUUGCAUCACACUAGAUAAGCUUUAUGCUGAUGAACAAAGACUGUAUGAGGAAAUUAAGGAGGAGGAACUAACAAAAUUGGAGUAUGAGAAAAAAAUCCUGGUACUGCAAAGACAAGAAACUGAGAAUGAAGAGUUGCCAAGGAUUGAGAAAACCCAGUUGAGCAUUGAGUGUUUGCAGUCUGACAUCAUGUGUUUGCAACAAUCAAUAAGUAGGACGUGCACAUCAAUAUUGAAACUCAGAGAUGAGGAGCUGCAUCUGCAGCUUGUUGAGUUAUCAUUAGGGUUGAUGCACAUGUGGAGAGCAAUGUAUGAAUGUCAUCAAGUGCAGAACCAUAUUGCCCAGCAAAUGUGCCAUCUUAUUAAUUAUCCCAAUGCAGAUCCCACAACAGACUACCAUCGCCAGGCCACAUCCCAACUGGAAACAGAGGUCACUGCCUGGUACAAUAGCUUUUGCAACCUCCUCAAAUCUCAGCGAGGGUAUGUACGAGCCCUUACCAAGUGGGUUCAACUAACGAACUUCCUAGAGGAUGACCAACAACGAAGUAACCACCCAUGCAGGGUUCAAGCCCUCUGUGAAGAAUGGCAGCUUGCCCUUGACAGGUUGCCAGACAAGGUAGCCUCUGAAUCCAUUAAGAGCUUUGUGUCCGUCAUCCACUUCAUAAUCUUGCAGCAGGCUGAAGAACACAACUUGCAGAAGAAGUAUGAUCGGCUUGAGAAGAAGUUGGAGAAGGAAUUGAACUCCCUGUGCGAAAUGGAGAAGAAGCUUGAUGUGAACUUCACUGGAAAUGCAGAUUCUACCUUGAGCCCUAAGCAUCCUUUAUCAAUCAAGCGUGCCAAGACUGAGGCCCUUAGGAAGCAGGUAGAGGAUGAGAAGGCAAAAUAUUUGCACUCAGUCUGUGUCAGCCGAGCCAUGACCUUGAAUAACCUACAGACAAGCCUCCCAAAUGUUUUCCAGGCAUUAACUGGAUUCUCAAGUGUGUGCAUUCAGGCUUUUGAGGCUAUUCACAGCCAUGCAACAUCAAUAGCUAGUCAUGCUGGAGACUAGUUAUAAACCUGAUGAAUUGGAUUUGACCAUGUGAGGCCUAUUUGGAGCUUCAGAUGCCAGGACCAGAGCCAUUGAAUCACAUUCUCUACUACUGGUUACCUGAAGUGUACCAUAUGAGGAAGUCUCUGAGGGAUAUUAUACAAUCAGUCAACAUGUCAGCGGAUCGAAAUAGAAGUACAAAAUAGAGAAUUUUGAGUGUACGCUUGUUUCAAAUCAUCCUGUGAAAAAAAAGUUUGGUACAGGUAAAUUCAAGUGCCAUCUCAGAGUGGGUUUAAAGGCAGAUUUUGAAGAGCCCACUAGCAACAAUGUAUCACAACAUGCAUUGAAAUGUAGGUAUUGGCAAUAGUAUACAUUCUUUGCCAAUUUCUUUGUAACUGUUCAUCCUUGUCCUGUAAAGAAAGGCGUACCCAGUGCACGAGGCUCCUGCCACUGCGAGGUUUGGGAGGGAUCAUAAUGUACGUAGCCUUACCCCUUUUUUGUGGAGAGGUGGUUUCCCAACUCGAAUUUGCGACCACUAGGUCACAAUGGAGCAUGCUUGCACUGUCAAUUAUAAGAAUGAAAGGUGGUGAACAGAGAUGUUGGGGUUUGUCUUUC